CCCCUCUCUUGGUCCCUUGUCCUAAGUUCGCCACUGACUGAUUUGAUUUCCUUUGUUUCGUACCCAACGCUCUUAUUUCCUUCCUUUCCGGACUCCCGCUCGCUCGCUCGUCAUGAGCUCGCAGCGUUAUCAACGGGUGAACGCCCAUGAUGAAGACGAUGAUACACCCCAGUCACACUCCGCCAUUCCUCUACGACUCAACCCGACGCCUUCCUCCCCGCCUCCCUCAUUCCACUCUCGCUCCUCCUCCCCGUCAUCGAGGCGACUCCUCCACGAUGAAUCCCACAGAGACCAUGCCGACCAGACCUUGGCCGAUGCCUUUGGCGAUGACGGCGAAUCCGAGUCCGAUGAAGAGCCAGACGAUCGCCAGCGGUUAAUGCGGGCUCAGCCGGAAUCCCGUCCGGUGGCGGAUAGCAGCGGCGCCGCGACUGCAUCUUCGUCGUCGAGCGGCAUAGAGCAACCGUCGGGCGAAUCGCGCAGCGGAGGCAUGCCCCGAAGACAAACGAUCCUACCGUCAUUCAGCACCCCCAGCUCGGGAGCGGGCCGGGCGAUCAGUUCGGCGAACGAUGGUGUCUUUGCAAACCUGGCGGCUAAGCCGGAGCGCGGGGAGAAGAACGAGGAUUUGCCUCCGUCCUACGAAGAAGCCGCUGCGGAUGCUACACCCCCGUACUGGGAGACCACGAUUCUGGCACCGGGUAUUUCAUCGGAUGAGGUGUUUGUGGAUGGGCUGCCGGUUGGCUCUAUCUUUUCGUUUGUCUGGAAUGCGAUGAUCUCCAUGUCGUUCCAACUGGUCGGAUUCCUUUUGACCUAUUUGCUUCACACGACACACGCCGCCAAGAAUGGCAGCCGGGCUGGUCUCGGCCUCACACUGGUGCAGUACGGCUUUUAUAUGAAAGGCGGCAGUGAUUCGAAGGGCUCGGAUGAAGGGGGCGCUGAUUACGUGACACCGCCGGACCCGAACAGUCAUAGCUUCGACCCGAACAAUGUGGAUGGAGGUGCAGGGGGUGAUGGCGGGGGUGCGGCGUCCUCGAUCACCACGAGCGAAUGGAUUUCAUAUGUGCUGAUGAUUGUCGGGUGGUUCAUUCUGAUCCGGGCCAUCAGCGACUUCCUACGGGCGCGCCGCCACGAGCAGCUGGUGUUGCAGAGUCCGGAGCGAGGGCUCAGCGUUCCGGUCAUUGCGGAAGGCGAGCGAUCGGAGACGGUUGUCUAGGAUUGGGUUUGGUCUUGGUCUCGGUAUUCACUUGGAGCCUGGAGUUUUGCUUUCUUCCGGGGUUUCUAUUUUUAAUCGGCCCUGGAUCCAUUUGUAGGAUGAAUGGGAGCCUGUUGAGCAUUGGUAGCCUUCGAUGACCGGGUUAUUCCUCUCUUUUCCUUUCCUUUUCUCUUUUUCUAUCCUGUGGUUGGUGCCAGCUAUUGCACGAGUUACUCGACCUGUAGCUUAGAAUACCUUGUUAUAUUGUUGGCGAGAUACCUUGGGAAGUUAUCAAUUGAAUACUACAUCUUCUGGUCACCUUCUGGCGUGCUGGUGGCCAAUUGGGCGCC